AUGUACGAGAUAGACUUCAGCGAGCCUAAAUGGCUUCUCAACUAUUACCAUAUUAUUGGAUCAAUCUCAUUCCUUUUGAACAUUUUUGGCAUAUACGUUUUUUUUCAGCUAGCUUGUACAUUAUCAGACAUUCAUCUAACGUUCCUAAUGACCCCAUUUUUAUUAUUUCCUCUUCUUGGAGGUUAUACAGUUGGCAUUUUAUCCACGUGGUUUGCCGUUUCGGCUAACGUUUGCGCACUGAUAGCCGCUUUCAUUGCACUAAUCCAAUUGGAAAGUCUUAUAGCAUGUAUCUACAAGAAACAUCAAGCCAUCGCAAUGAUUCUCAAAAAACAUGUGCUUCCUGACAUCAUUUUAUACAUUUGUUACUUUCUUUGCGUUUUUUGUCCGCUUAUCUUUUGCGGUGUUGUGAAUUAUCUAAAUUUGGAUAGAGAACAAAGCUUGGUGUACAUCAAGCAGAAUUUCCCAGAACACUACAUAAACGUUUCGAAACUUUCUUAUUUUGCACUCUAUGUGAGUUCUCCAGUUUUAUACUUCUUAUACGGCUUCAUUAUUUCUGGAGGAUUGGUUUUUUCUGUGUUACUAAUCUUGUUUACUUUCGAUAUUUUUUCGAUGAUGGCAAAUUUGAAGCAAAAAAUUUCCACAUCCACGUAUGAGAAGCAUCAAGACGCACUUCGCAGCUUGAUGGUUCAGUUUGUGACAGCGAUGCUCUGCCUGGCGCCUCCAAUUUUUCUUGCAUUGGCAUAUAUUUUCGAGGUUCCACAUAUGAAGCUUAUUGGUGAAAUAUUGAUCGCCUGGUUUGCGAGUCAUUCAUCUAUCAAUAUGAUAUCUCUUUGCAUAUUUUUCCGGCUAUACCGAAAAUUAUUUGUAACAUUUUUGAAAAGGAAGUCGGCAAGAGUAUCUGUUAUAAUUCCUUCAGUGGUGUUUUGA